AUGAGUCAAGAUUUGGCUAUUGAGCGCUGCGACCUGAACAUCGGCCGCAACAAGAGCAGCCAUCACACGGAGCAGUUUACAGACGAGCGUCUGAUCGUCAGACGAGGACAGGCCUUCACCAUCUUUGUGCACCUGAAACCUGGCAGCAAGACGCUCAAACCCCAUGACGCUGGCCUCGCCUUUGUUGUCCAUACUGGUCCGCUGCCCAAAAGAGAAUCAGACACCAAGGUUUCCUUCCCGCUCAGUGACUCCACAGUUGACACUGAGUGGAGCGCCUCAGCCACUCAUGACCCCACUGGCAAAAAUGUGGCCCUCACCAUCAUGUCCUCCCCCAACGCUCCCAUCGGGCUUUACACUCUGACUGUAGACUACCACGGGCAGAAGACCAACUUAGGGCAAUUCACGCUGCUCUUUAACGCUUGGUGCCCAAAUGAUGCUGUAUACAUGCACAGUGAGGACAAGAGGAAAGAGUAUGUUUUGGCACAGCAUGGGCAGAUCUUCCGAGGCACGCACAAACGCAUCAAGGGAACACCGUGGAACUUUGGACAGUUUGAAGCAGGAAUUUUGGACAUCUGUCUGAAGAUCCUGGAUGACAAUCCCAAAUUUGUGUCGGACGCCGAUCAGGACUGUUCGGCCAGGAGAAAUCCUGUCUACGUGACGCGUGUCCUGAGCGCUAUGAUCAACAGUAAUGAUGACAACGGAGUGCUGGUGGGAGAGUGGUAUGACUUUACUGGAGGCGUUCAUCCGGGGCGGUGGGUCGGUAGCGGGGACAUUCUGCGCCAAUGGGUGGAGAGCGGCCCGGUUUCCUUUGGUCAGUGCUGGGUUUUUGCAGCUGUUGGUUGCACAGUGUCUCGUGCCCUGGGUAUUCCUUGUCGAGUAGUCACUAACUUCGGUUCAGCCCACGACAGUAACGCCAACUUGAUCAUUGAAAACCUUUAUAACGAGGAUGGGGAAAGUAUUUCAGAUGGGGAUUCAGUCUGGAACUUCCACGUUUGGGUGGACAGUUGGAUGAGGCGUCCAGACUUGGGAAAUGAGUUUGAUGGUUGGCAAACCAGUGAUCCAACUCCACAGGAGAAAAGUGAUGGUGUUUACUGUUGCGGACCGGCUGCAUUGAGGUCCAUUAAGGAAGGAGAGCUUACCAAAAAGUAUGAUGCACCUUUUAUUUUUGCUGAGGUUAAUGCGGAUGUGGUGGACUUGGUGCGUCUGUCCAACGGAAAGAUUGUUAAGUUCAGCGGCUCGACAAAAUCUGUCGGACGAUUUAUCAGCACCAAAGCUGUUGGCUCGGAUGAGAGGCAUGACAUCACACAUGAGUACAAGUACCCUGAAGGUUCCAAGGAGGAGCGGGAGGUGUACGAGAAGGCCCAGCACCACAACAAGUUGCAACAGAGAGGAGAGGAACCAGGUCUCCAUCUCAAGAUCAAGCUGGCUAAAAAUAUGAUCGUGGGUUCGGACUUUGAGGUGUACGCCAUCCUCACCAACAAUAGCAUGGUGACAAAGAAUUGCACACUUCUCUUCUUCGCAAAAGCUGUGCUCUACAACGGCAAGCGAGGAGAGAGCUGUGGAUUUGCUUCGGACAGAUUAGAGGUGCCCUCCGGAGAAGAGAGAAGACUGCACCUUAAACUGGAGUACAGCAUGUAUGGGUCUGUGAUCACAUCCGAUCGCCUCAUUCAUCUGUCCGCCAUCACCAUUGACAAGCAAACCAUCGAAUACCACAAGGCAGAGAAGACAAUAGUGCUGGACGAGCCACUUGUAGAAAUCAAGCUGCUAGGAGAAGCCAAGGUGAAACGGCCAGUGUCGGCGAGGCUGACCAUGCAAAACCCAUUGCCAGAAACACUCCAGGAUUGCAGUUUCACUGUUGGGGGGGCAGGUCUUGUUGAUGGCAAGCCCAUUACACUCAAGAUUGGUCGUGUGGGCCCUAAACAGGAAGCCACAACCACCGCUGUGUUCACUCCCACCACAGCCGGCUCCAGUGUGCUGCUUGUCAGCUUUGACAGUGACAAAUUGAUGAACAUCAAGGCAUCCAUCAGUGUUGUCGUGAAGGAAGACGACGCUCCACACAUCUAGUUCCACACCGCGACUUUUGGACAUUUUGGAUGUCGUA